AUGAAGAUUUUGUUGCUAGGGAUUUUUCUAUUUUUAUAUAGUACCUCAGCCUGGGCGAAAGAGAAGCAUUAUUACAUCGGAAUUAAGGAAACAACCUGGAACUAUGCUGCAGACAAUGGGGAAAAGAAACUUAUUUCAGUUGAUAGAGAACAUUCUGAUACCUAUCUUCAAAAUGGCCCCAAUAGAAUUGGAAGGUUAUACAAGAAGGCCCUUUAUUUUCACUACACAGAUGAGACCUUUACUACAAUUAUAGCAAAACCUGUCUGGCUGGGGUUUUUAGGCCCUAUUAUCAAAGCUGAAACUGGAGAUAAAGUUUAUGUACACUUAAAAAACUUUGCCUCUAGGGCUUAUACUUUCCAUGCACAUGGAAUAACUUACUAUAAGGAACAUGAGGGAGCCAUCUACCCAGAUAACACCACAGAUUUUCAAAAAGCAGAUGAUAAAGUGCAACCAGGUGAGAAGUAUACAUACAUAUUGCAUGCCACUGAGGAACAAAGUCCUGGUGAGGAAGAUAGCAAUUGUGUGACCAGGAUUUACCAUUCCCACAUUGAUGCUCCCAGAGAUAUUGCCUCUGGACUCAUCGGACCUUUAAUAUUUUGUAAAAAAGAUUCUCUGGAUAAAGAAAAAGAAAAAAAUAUUGAUAAAGAAUUUGUGGUGAUGUUUUCUGUGGUGGAUGAAAAUUUCAGCUGGUACCUCGAUGAUAACAUUGAAACUUACUGCUCUGAACCAGAGAAAGUUGACAAAGAGAAUGAAGACUUCCAAGAGAGUAACAGAAUGUAUUCUGUGAACGGGUACGCUUUUGGCACUCUCCCAGGACUCUCCAUGUGUGCAGAGGACAAAGUAAAAUGGUAUCUUUUUGGUAUGGGUAAUGAAGUUGAUGUGCACGCAGCUUUCUUCCAUGGGCAAGUAUUGACUAAUAAGAACUACAGUACUGAUACAAUCAAUCUCUUCCCUGCUACCCUCUUUGAGGCUUUUAUGGUGGCCCAGAGCCCUGGAGAAUGGAUGCUCAGCUGUCAGAACCUAAACCAUCUGAAAGCUGGUUUGCAGGCUUUUUUCCAGGUACAAGACUGUAAUAAGUCUUCAUCAGAGAAUGAUAUCCGUGGGAAACAUGUGAGACAGUACUACAUCGCUGCUGAGGAGAUAAUCUGGAACUACGCACCCACUGGCACAGACACCUUCACCAAAGAAAACUUAACAGCACCUGAGAGUGAUUCAAAGGUAUUUUUUGAACACGGUACUACAAGAAUUGGAGGCUCCUAUAAAAAGUUGGUUUAUCGUGAGUACACAGAUGCCUCGUUCAUGAAUCAAAAGGAGAGAGGACCUGAGGAGGAACAUCUUGGCAUCCUGGGUCCUGUCAUUUGGGCAGAGGUGGAAGACACCAUCAGAGUCACCUUCCGUAACAAAGGAGCAUAUCCCCUCAGUAUUGAGGCGAUUGGGGUGAGAGUUGAUAAGAGGAAUGAGGGCACAUUCUAUGCCACACAUAGUGGAAGUGCACCUUCUUCAGCCUCCUAUGUGGCACCCAAAGGAACAUUCACCUAUGAAUGGACUAUCCCCAAAGAAGUGGGACCCACUUACAAAGACCCUGUCUGUCUAUCUAAGAUGUAUUAUUCUGCUGUGGAUCCCACCAAAGAUAUAUUCACUGGGCUUAUUGGGCCAAUGAAAAUAUGCAGGAAAGGAAGUUUACAUGCAAAUGGGAGACAAAAAGAUGUAGACAAGGAGUUCUAUUUAUUUCCCACGGUGUUUGAUGAGAAUGAGAGCUUACUCCUGGAUGAUAAUAUCAAAAUGUUUACAACUGCACCUGACCAGGUAGAUAAGGAAGACCCAGACUUUCAAGAAUCGAAUAAGAUGCACUCCAUGAAUGGAUUCAUGUACGGAAAUCAGCCUGGUCUCAAUAUGUGCCAAGGAGAUUCAGUCGUGUGGUACUUGUUCAGUGCUGGAAAUGAGGCCGAUAUACAUGGGAUUUACUUUUCAGGAAACACGUAUCUGUCAAGAGGAGAAAGGAGAGACACAGCAAACCUCUUCCCUCAAACAAGUCUUACACUCUCCAUGCAGCCUGAUACUGCAGGGACUUUUGACGUUGAGUGCCUCACAACCGAUCACUACACCGGUGGCAUGAAGCAAAAAUACAUGGUGAACCAAUGCAGUCGGCUGUCUGAGGACCCCACCCUCUACCUGGGGGAGAGGACUUACUACAUCGCGGCAGUGGAGAUGGAAUGGGAUUACUCCCCAAGCAGGGAAUGGGAAAAGGAGCUGCACCACUUACAAGAGCAAAAUGUUUCGAAUGCAUUUUUAGACAAGGAAGAAUUUUACAUAGGCUCCAAGUACAGGAAAGUUGUAUAUCGACAAUACACCGAUAGCUCAUUCAGAAUCCCAGUGGAGAGAAGAGCUGAAGAAGAACAUCUGGGAGUUCUAGGUCCACAACUUCAUGCGGACGUUGGAGACAAAGUUAACAUUAUCUUUAAAAACAUGGCCACAAGGUCCUACUCAAUUCAUUCCCAUGGGGUGAAAACAGAGAGUUCUACAGUGACUCCAACUUUACCAGGUGAAACUCGUACUUACAUAUGGAAAAUCCCAGAAAGAUCUGGAGCCGGAAUAGAGGAUUCUGCUUGUAUUCCAUGGGUUUACUAUUCAACUGUGGAUCAAGUUAAGGAUCUCUACAGUGGAUUAAUUGGCCCACUGAUUGUCUGUCGGAGAUCUUACAUAAAAACAUUCAAUCCCAUAAAGAAACUGGAAUUUUCCCUUCUGUUCCUCGUUUUUGAUGAGAAUGAAUCUUGGUACUUAGAUGACAACAUCAAAACAUACUCUGAACACCCUGAGAAAGUAAACAAAGACAAUGAUGAAUUCAUAGAAAGCAAUAAAAUGCAUGCUAUUAAUGGAAGAAUGUAUGGGAACCUACAAGGCCUCACAAUGCAUGUAGGAGAUGAAGUCAACUGGUAUCUGAUGGGAAUGGGCAACGAAAUAGACUUGCACACAGUACACUUCCACGGCCACAGCUUUCAGUACAAGCACAGGGGCGUUUAUAGUUCUGAUGUCUUUGACAUUUUCCCGGGGACAUACCAAACCCUAGAAAUGUCUCCAAAAACAAGUGGAACUUGGUUACUCCACUGCCACGUAACUGACCACAUUCAUGCUGGAAUGGAAACUACUUACACUGUUCUACCAAAUAAAGCAUCUUCUCACACUCACAGGAGGAUAUGGAACAUGAAUUAUCCAUUUAUAGUCAGCGUAAUGAUUUUAUUCCAAAUUUCUACCAAGGAAUGGCUAGGAGAAUAAGAUCCUCUGAUGUCCGCAAUGGUAUGGUAUCAGGGAGCUGCCUCUUAGAUAACCUCCAGAUGUACUGUGACGUCAGCUUGAAAAAGAGCUCCUGAAGUACCACGUCUGGGAGGCAUGCCACCAGCUGAGCUUCCCAAAAGUCUACCAAGAGCUGAGGAAUCCUAUCUUCAUCCUUAUCACAAAGCACCUU